UCAUUUUAUUAUUUAAAUUUUAUUAUUAAUGUUUUCUUUAAAAUAUCUCAAAACAUUCUCUAGAUUUUUUGUUUCCACCAUUUUGGUAAAUGUUAAACUAAUAACCCAUUUCUAUUCUAGAAGUAUGAGAAAAUAUCAUAUUGUACAAACUAGUACUGUACUGAUUCAUAUUCAGCAUAGUACUGAGUCAAUAUCAGAUCGAUUAAUCCUAAAUGACUUUCCGUCAUUAUUAUUGUUAUUAAUCACGUAUAAUUAUUAUUUACUGUUACCUCCUUUCUUUAUUUCUCUUGUAGUUUUUAGAGCAGGUGAAUCUCUGGGAACAACUGAGUCACUGAAAUAUACUUGCAAGACAUUCGGCAGUGGGGUCAUCAAGGCUUUCAGAGGUUCGCCUUUCUACGUGCGCUCCAACUGUCCGUUCACCUUCGCCCGCUUCACCCACAACCGGGUGGAGUGCGACAUCACCAUACGGCGAGGCCAAAACGGCUUGCUGAACCUCCUCGAGAUCAUCAUCAACAAGGUCAAGACUGUUGUGCAGAACGGAACCAUCCUGGUGGAGAAGAAAAGCAUUUCCCUUCCGUAUGACCACACUUACCAGCACAUAUUUCAGUACGGCAUCUACACCAGGCUGAGGAGCUCAUUACUCCCCCUGUCUGUCACCUGGCAGACUGCAGCUGGAGGAGGACUCGUCAGUGUUUGGGUCGAGCUAGACCAAGAACUGAGUUCUGACCUGACUGGACUCUGCGCGAUUCAAAACAUAGUGGACAACGUUGAGCAGCUAGUGGAAGAGUAUUUGAUUUCUGACGUCACCUGUUACCUUCAGGAUCUCCUUCCUCCUUUCAACCUGCUUUGCAGCGAGUUCUUCUCACACGCACUAGAAUGUCUGAUGUUCACAACCGCGAAGUACAUCACCCUCUGCGAUCAAAACAUUUACAACUACGAAGGCAACAACGAGGUCAGAUGCGCAUUCUUCAAGGAGAUUGCCCUUAUGUGUGGAAGAAGCAGUCGCCUUUGGGACUUGUGGAGAACAAUCACCAACUGUGCUCCACCAACGUGUCCUGGAGAACUGGUUUACGUUGAAGAGGGUUCUCCCUUCGUGCCAAGCUGCUCAAACCCAGACCUCAGAUUGUCCAACCUGGAGACCACCAGUUCCUGUGUCUGUCCCGCAGGUGAGUUUCUGGACGAUAACUUCAGCGAAUACCAGUGUGUGAGUCUCUCCAGUUGUCCCUGUGUGUUCAAUGAUAGGAUCUACUCUCCUGGAUACAUUCGCACCACCAAGUGUCAAACAUGUCAGUGCAAUAGUGGGAGGUGGCAGUGCUCUGGAAACUCCUGCCCAGCCAGAUGUCUCAUUGAAGGACAGUUUGUGACAACGUAUGACGGCAAGCGAUUUGCGCUUCCUGGUAAAUGCACAUACAUGGCAUCACAGGGCCCUAACUGGUCAAUUAGAGUUGAGUUUUCUUCAACAGAAGCAUCUUUGAAAGCUGUACAUGUACAGGUUUUCCAGGACAGUUAUACAUUCACUCUAAGCAAGGUAAAAGUAGGAGAACAAGAGAUUACUGAACUCUACCAGUCUGAUCAACUCCUCAUUUUCUGGAAGUCCUCGAUGUAUGUUGAAGUUCGUACGCCAUUUGGUCUGAAGCUCCAAGUCCAGGUGUUCCCUGAAAUCCAGCUGUACAUCAUGCCACCAACGCUGCAUUCUGGUCUGAUCUCAGGUCUUUGCGGCAACAGAAACAAUGACACCACAGACGACUUCAACACCAGUAGCGGGAUCAUCGAGAGCUCUGCCAAGCUUUUCGCUCUGUCCUGGAGUUUGGGAGAUUGUCGAGAGAACAUCCCCAACCCUUGCAUCAACACCGACAACGAAAUAUUUGCAGAUGAAAAGUGCUCUGUACUGAAUGACCCAGAUGGGAUAUUUGCCAGGUGCCACUCUUACAUCCCGACCGAUCAACACCACACGGCUUGCAUCCAGAGAACAUGUAACUGUGGCAACAAUCUGCAGCGGUGUUUGUGUGCUUCUUUGGGAAGUUACGCUAAAGCCUGUGCCGUUCUGGGUGCCGAGCUCGGGGACUGGAGGAGAGCCACCAACUGCACUCUGAAUUGCCUCAAGAACCAGGAGUUCUCCUACAGCGUCCAGGCCUGUAACAGCACAUGCCUUUCCCUGUCCGGCCACGAUCCCCGCUGUGAGCUGGACAAUUCUCCGACGGAGGGCUGUGGCUGUCCAGAAGGAACCUAUCUGAACCAGGAAUAUGCCUGCAUCCCAAAGGGGCAAUGCAUGUGUUCCCACAGUGGUGUCAUGACACCCCCAGGACCAGUAAUCAUUGAUGGACAACAGUGUCUUUGUGAAGAUGGAAAACUGCACUGCUCCAAGGACUGUGGUUGCAGUAAGGGGAAGGUUUGUGUUCACUGCUCCGAGUCAGCAGAGAACACAGCUCAGAAAACCUGCGGCAGUCUCAGUAAACCUUUGGGUGGCAAUGCAACCUGUGAGAGUGGCUGUUACUGCCCUCCGGAUCUCUAUGAGGACCACUACGGGAGAUGCGUUCCCAGAAAUAAUUGCACUUGUGUGUACAGUGGAGAAGUGUUCGGUGCGGGAGAGCUUGUCAAAACUGACUGUAAAACAUGCACCUGUGUUCAGGGCCAGUGGAGCUGCGAAAGUAAGGCAUGCUCAGGAAAGUGCCAAGUUUAUGGAAACGGACAUUACCAGACUUUUGAUUCUAAAUGGUAUCGCUUUGAUGGACACUGUCAGUACAGGCUCGUGGAGGAUUACUGUGGGAACAUAAAUGGUUCCUUCUCUGUCAGAGUAGAGAGUGUGCCCUGCUGCGAUGAAGCACUCACCUGUUCUCGUACCAUCGUUCUGGAUGUGGAGAACAAAGUCAGUCUGACACUGAGCGACAUGAAGGUGACCAGACAACUCCAAAGUGGCUGGACUCUGGAACAAGAACCCCUUUACACCAUACACACCGUUGGACUCUAUAUAAUAGUCUCAGUGCCAAGCAAAGGGCUAACUCUCAUUUGGGACAAACACACAAGGAUCACCAUAGAACUCCAUCCAUACUGGAGGAACAAAGUCUGUGGUCUCUGUGGCAAUUUUGACUCCAGUGAGAUGAAUGACCUACAGAUCAGUGGCUCAGCCGUGGUGACCAGUCCGCUAGCUUUUGGCAACAGCUGGAAGACCACCACUCCUCCUUGCUCAGAUGUGACCAUGGAGAUAUUUCCUUGUGAACGUAACUCCUACUGUUCUGCCUGGGCCCAGCGGCGCUGUAUGAUCCUUAAAGGAGACACAUUCAAGGACUGUCACUUAAAGGUGGAUCCAGAGCCCUACUAUCACGCAUGUGUACAGGAGUCUUGCUCCUGUGAGUUUGAAGGAAAGUUCUUGGGUUACUGCACGGCAGUGGCCGCCUAUGCAGAGGCCUGCAGCGAUCAAAAUGUUUGCAUAAACUGGAGGACGCCUGAUUUGUGUCCUGCCUACUGUGACUACUACAACGAGCAAGGCCAGUGUACGUGGCACUAUGAAGCCUGUGGAAGGAUGCUGACCUGUGGCAAAACCAACUAUUUUCAACACAAGUUGGAAGGCUGUUAUCCAAGAUGCCCUAGGGAGACUCCAUACUUUGAUGAGAGUACUGGUAAAUGCACUGAAUUGAGAAAUUGUCCCUGCUAUUUCAAUGAAACCAUCGUCCCACCUGGGGGUGAAGUUAUUAUAAACUUUGUUGGCUGUACUUGUGAAAGUGGAACUAUCAUUUGCUCUCCUACAACAACAUUAUCAUCAAUUGCCACUGAAACAACUGCACCCUCCACAACUCCUGUAACACUGAUUACAACUACCAGUGUCUUGACUGCUACUGACACAUUGCUCACUAGCGCCACCUCUACAGAAGCAACUUCAACUUCUCCAAGUAUAACACCGGGAACUGGUGCUUCUACACCGGUGACGCCAAUGUCUUCAAGUACAACUAUUCCUACUCCAGUAACGGCAACGUCCUCCAGUACGUUGACUUCAGUGUCUACAGAAGAAACCACAACUGUGAAUAUUACAACUGGACCACCUACGAGUAGUCAGCCGUCACCCACACCCUGUCUCUGCAAAGACCUGAAACAGGAAAAAAGCUGGGCUUGUGGUGACACUUGGACAGAGGACUGUUUUAUUAAGAGGUGUUUAAAUGGAAGAAUAGAGUUGCUCCCAGUGGUCUGUCCGGAACCUGUUGUUCCUAAAUGUCCAAGGAAUAAGUUGAUACAGAUCAACGAUGGAUGCUGUGAAUCAUUUAGCUGUGACUGUCGCUGUGAGCUCUACGGAGACCCUCACUACAUCUCUUUUAAUGGCUUAUCCUUUGAUUUCCUGAAAAGCUGCACCUACAUUCUGGUGGAAGAGCAGUCACCACGCUACCACCUGGCCAUUGCGGUGGACAACUUCGACUGCGUACAGGGACUCCAAGGCUCCUGUGUCAAGGGAGUUAUUGUUAACUAUCAGAACAAUACUGCUAAACUCAGUGUCAACCAUCAUCCUGUUGCUGUUCAGGCGACUCUGAACAAUGAGACUGUGCAACCACCCUAUGAAAAGGAUGGCUUGAGAUUUGAAACCACAGAUUACGAGGUGAACAUCUUCUUUCCUGAGAUCCGCUCUUAUGUCUCCCUCUCUCCGUCUUUCACCCUCGUGGUCAACCUUGCCAUGGAGAACUUUGUCAACAACACCCAAGGACAAUGUGGUGUGUGUGGUGGUGCCUCGUGCAUCCGUAGAGGAGGACGGAUCGAGAACGACACUUGCUGCGAAAAGACGGCCUACGACUGGGUGUACCGUGACCCUUUGAAGCCCGAGUGUUUUUCAGCACCAGCAGAUGUACCGUGUGAUCUUGAACCCCCUGGAGAACCCACUGGGCCCCCACCUACCUGUUCUCCAAACUCGCAAUGUCACCUGCUUGAACAUCCAGUGUUUGCUAACUGCAGCAAAUAUGUGGACAUACGUACCAGAAAGAAGAACUGUGAGUUUGAUUCGUGCUCCACCCUAAAUAAUUCUUGCUCUUCUUUGGAACACACCGCUGGGGAGUGUAAACAAGCUGGUUUCUGUAUUCACUGGAGAGAACUGACUAAUGGAAGUUGUGAUGUGAAAUGUUCCGGUGAUUUGAUCUAUGAAGAAUGCCGGAACAAAAAAGAUGACUUCUGCUUUGGAGGAAUUGUUCAUUCUGGGCCCACUCUUGAAAAGACCACCUCUGGUUGUUUCUGCCCUCCAGGACUUGUCAGGGCAGGAAACCACUCAAAUAUUUGUGUGAAACAAUGCAAUUAUUGCAAAGGACCACUUGGAAUGCCGAAAUUCCCUGGAGAGGUGUGGGAGUCUAAUUGCCACCUGUGCACAUGUAACAAUCAGACUAUGAGUGAGGAUUGUUCUCCAAAAUCUCUUUUGCCAGUGCCUGUCUGUUCCCCAAAUGCCAGCUUGGUGAACACCACUUGUUGUGGUGAUCCAAUUUGUGUUGAGAAAACCUGCGUCUACAGUGGAACCACAUACAAAGUGGGAGAGACAUGGACAGACCCGGAUGACCACUGCAUGUCCUUCAUCUGCACUGCUUAUGGCAUUCAGAGUGAACCAAGAGUCUAUCCUUCAGAUACUUCUCCUGAGGGUAACGCGACUUGGAACAACCGAGACUGCUGCUCCACCUGCAACCAGACCUGCGAGCCCAAACUGUCCAAAAUGAACGUCACCAUUGAUGACUGCUCCGCCGUCAUUGAAUUACCCGUGUGUGAGGGCCGAUGUCUGUCGGAACCCUGGGUGUUAGCACAUGCGUACCUGCAGGUCAAACAGGACUUCCGGUGCUGCCAGGAGGAGAGCUCAGACCUCCGAGUUCUGGAUGUGAAAUGCUUGGACCUCACUAGCAGAAAAUAUAACUACAAGCACGUGACCGGCUGCGCGUGCAAAGCUUGUGGUUCCCACUGAAGAGCGACGGCAAUCCACGUCUUUACACAUUUCUAAUGUGACUCUCAAAUUUAACGGAUGAUUUUAGGAAAAUGUUUCUGUUUUUACUGAAAUUAAUGUAUUCAAUUUUUUUAAUCUACUAAUCAUGAAAGCGUGUGCGUUUUAUUUAGCAUGUCUGCCUGCACUGCAAAGCAAAGCACUCUGUUUAAUAAAAGAUUUCAAGUGGACACA